AUGAUUGGCCUGAUCGUUGUCACGCUCCUUGGCGCUGCAGCUGCAGCACCUACGGAUGAUAGGAUUGUGGGUGGCUACGAGUGUGGAGCCCACUCUCAACCCUGGCAAGUGUCUCUCAAUACCGGCUACCACUUCUGCGGCGGCUCCCUCAUUAACGACCGGUGGAUCGCCUCUGCUGCCCACUGCUGGCAAAAGUGCAUUGCCGUCUUGGGUGACAACCACAUCUGGAUGAACGAGGGCACGGAGCAGUACAUGUCAGUGGAUGCCAUCUACUGGCAUGAGAGCUACGACUACCAAACCCUGGACCACGACAUCAUGCUGAUGAAGCUGGCGCACCCCGUCACCGUGAACCAGUACGUGAAGCCUGUCGCCCUGCCCAAAGCCUGCCCCGCACCGGGGGACAUGUGCACCGUGUCCGGAUGGGGAAACAUCUACACUGAUCAAGUGUUCAACCCGUUUUACCUUCAGUGUGUGGACGUCCCCAUUCUGUCUAACAAGGACUGCAAUGCUUCCUACCCCGGCAUGAUCACUGACCGCAUGGUGUGCGCUGGGUACCUGGAGGGAGGCAAGGAUGCUUGUCAGGGCGACUCUGGUGGUCCUCUGGUGUGUAAUGGGGAGCUGCAGGGUAUAGUCUCCUGGGGCCAGGGCUGUGCUCAACCCAAUUACCCAGGAGUCUACACCAAAGUCUGCUCACUGAUGCCCUGGAUCAACGACAUUCUCUCCAGAUACACCUAG